AUGAACAUCGACUCCACGAAGCCGGAGUCACUGUCUAGUUUUCUCGAUGCCUACUCUCCUGACAGUUUUGAAUGGGAAAGCCCUGGCUACUGCCCACGGACGAGGUUCCUUUGGUCGAAACCGCUUUCUAUAGCCCCGCACGGAAGUCCCUCAAAAUCUUCAACAAGGCACGAAACUGUACAAUGUGAUGGACCAUUAUCCCCUGGUUUUGAAUCCUUGUCGGACAUGUCGAUAUCCUUCCCCGACAUUGGAUACUCGCACGCAAACUAUUUUGCGGUCUUACCACCUAUGAUCCGUUUGCGGGCGGCGCCGAACGUUACAGCUCUACCUGCGAUCACUGGAUCCGAUUCCAGUUCUCUAUCUGACAUGUCGAUUUCAUUUUCCACAGCCAGCUCGUCAUCACUUACUUUGGAGGACUUCGAGAAAUUCGCUGCGAACAUGCCUAGUCAAACGUUACGCAGACCGCUGCUACAAGAUGACCUACUGUCUUCCCCGUCUCUUGCUUCAGGAUAUAAUGCAGGCAUACCGUAUGCGCGUUACGAUCCAGAUGCUGCAGCUGUUUCCAAGAUCUUGGACUGGAUAUCAUCCCUCUUCGCAGACGUAGCGAACUCCGUACUAGACUAUUCAAUCCGACCAGGUAGUCAUGAUCUACCAUGGCCAAGUCAUUUUGACGGCUGUGACUCUUGUGGUGCCUGUGAGGAUGAAUUGGUUGAUUGUCAACCGACUUCAAAGGAAACCAUCUCGGAAUCCUUGUCUUCCUUUGCGAUUCCCGUCGUCAAACUUAAAACUUGCGGUCAAAUUGGACCCAGAAGGCCGAUCUUAGCAGAUCCACAAUCGGUCCUGAUGUCAGGGUCUAUUGAUUAUGAAGACAUAGACCCAGAACAGCCUGCAACAUCAAAGGCUGUGUGUAUGUGGGGCCGUCGGCUGGAACGCAUCCCGAAGGUGCGCCUUGCCGGACAGAAGGAAGCUGUCUAUUGCUUCGAUGCCCGUAAGCAGCGUCAAAAAUAUAAGACAAGCCGUAACCCAGUGGAACGUCCUGCAAACUCGGGUCCCCGGAAUGAACAGCAGCCGACUCAAAUAUUUUAUCGCGCACGUCCGCUGUGCUCGCCGUUCGUCAGGCGCGAUCUGCCUGCCACUCCGAUCGACGCUAUUAAGAUCGCUCAAGGCCAAGUACUGCUUCAGAACGUUAAUCCUGUCCGCUUUGACUCCGCACUUUCGCCGGUAUGUACCAGUAGUGUCGGUGCACAGCACCCCACUCAGCGCUUCCCGUUGUCGACGCGUACCAAUGACUUUGCCCAAAACCGUCACUCAGCAAGCGAGUGUUCGUCAACAAACCUGGCGAAAAUUCGCCAAUCUGGAUUUUUGUGA